CCGUGAUCCAGAACGUGAUGGCCAAGGCCCAGGAAGUCGACACCACCGCUCCCAAACGGCCGGGGAAUGCGGGACAGUUGCAGCAGGCUCCCGUUCGACAGUUUUUCGAGCCUUCUUCAGCUCUGUGCGGCAUCUGCCGGGCUGCAGACGUGAGCGGUCGAGACGGUCAGGUGGGGAGGUGUUGCACCGGAUGCCAGCUCCUCGUCUGUUAUUCCUGUUCCACCGAGUUCCUCAACAUGGAUGGCAGGAUAUCAGACAUCCCAUUCUGAACGCUUUGAACAAAGUGGAUCGUCGCAGUUUGGCAAUGUAAAGCAUGCAGUGGAUGAGAAAUUGAGUAGUCCGCUGAUAGAGGAACCCGAGGAGGAAGUGGAAUGUUCGUCAGACGAAGGUAGUGAUGGGCAGGAAACUCCGUCCCCGAGCACCAUCCCUCCGAUGGACGUAUAUACGAUCCCGGAAGACGAGGAUGAACCUGCGAGCCCGACUGCACCGGAUGGGGUGACCAGCCUCCGCAGGAAAGAUCUGAGGCAGCAGUCUGCGACUCAGAUGCCAUUCGAACAACCCUCAGCCCAACAACAGAGCCUUCUGCAGUUGGCCGAUCAGUCUUUCCAGUUGAAGCAAAGUCUUCAGCACCGGCUGGCAGACUUUCAACAACAACCUAACAUCGAGCAGUCCAGCUAUCAGCAGGGAGAGAAACGUGUACAGCAAAACGGUGCCAUAACGAUGCCUGGUUCGGUUCAACACCAAGUUCAGCAGUCCGUUACGUCAGGAACGCAGCAGAAUCCUCAGGCCAACGGCCAGAUGUCUCAAACAAGUCAAGAUUGGCCGCUGAGACUGGAUGCUGCCAGAGUAGAUCAGCACAGACAAACGAGCACGAAUUUAUCAAACGCUUCUGGUGCGACGGGUAUUGCAGAAUCCAGUGCUGCCUUCACGGGGAUGUCUCCCCCAUCCAGACCGCUCAGUCGAGAAGAGCUCUACGGCGUUCAGGGUCCUCAACAACCCGUCGGUCAACCCAGGCCUCGACCGUUCUCCCCGGACGAGAUGGGACGGCACGAAAUCUUCACCACCUCAGGGACUCACAAGCCUCUCCAGAUGCCUUCCACCAGGCCUUACGAGGUUAGGAAAGGGCCAAUGAAAGGGAAACCAGAAACGGGGGAAUGGUCACCUCUCAUGGAUUUGUCCCCCAUCAUGGACGUGUCUCCGUCGCUGGAAGCGGCCGAGCAAGAAAUCAUGCAGCAUUUCAGGGCCGAGGGAGGUCAGGGGAGAGGGAUGACAUGGAAAGGGUUCCCUGCGACAUCUCGAUCGGGCACGUCGACGACGACUACCGUACCUGUCACGACGUCUGCAACCGGUGGAACGAGCAGCACCAUAUCAGGAAUGUUGACCGAUUUCUCCAGAGCCCUAAGAUUGGGAGGUUCGAAGCAGGACGAAGGGAAGCAGCAACAACAGCAAUCGAUACCGAAGCAAGGCCUUCCAUGGACCCAAGCGGGACUAGCAUCUCAGCCAUAUCAGCAGCCUUCCACUGUAUCAAGCACAUAUCCCAUGAAUCAACCGAACGUGCCGAAUCGAAUGCCUCAGACUAACCACAACAGCCAACCAGGAAAGAUGAUGCAGCCCUUCCAAGGACAAUAUGCCCAACCGGGAUCUUUCUCUUCGGUCGUUCCUCAACAACGGUUUACCUCGUCACAGCAGGCACAACAGAUGCAACCACAACAGAUGCAACAGCAACAGAUGCAACCACAGCAAAUGCAAUUGCAACAGAUGCAACCCCAACAAAUGCAGUCACAACAGAUGCAACCUCCUUACGAUCGGCAACAAGUGCAGCCCUCUAUGGGGUACUCUCAGCAAGGAACACAGAUGAUGAAGCAACCGCAACAGACACAGCAGAUGACCGGUGCUCCUCAAUACGUUCAAGCUGGUCAAGAACAGCGUUCCCCGGGAGUGCAGUCAGUCAUACCGAUGCAACAACAGCAGUAUGUGUCACAGCAACAGCCACCUCCUCCGUACAGUCAGCAGCAACAACAGCACAACCGGCUCUAUCUCAGGCUCAAAUCUUUCCUCAGCAACAGCAGCAACAGAAGGGAUUCCCAGCCCCUCUUCAGCAACCUCCUCUGUGCCAACAACCGUACCAGCAACUCCAAUCACAGCUAUUCCAACAACCUUCUGCCCUUCAAUCGCAGCAAAGAACACCUCUUCCGGGAGUAUUCCAGAUGGAUCCAAAUGUGUUAUCAGGCCAGCUACCAGGGAGGCGAUCGCAACUACAAUGGCUUCCUGGUUCCCAAUCCAAAAGAGAGCUUCCGUUCCAACCUGAAGGGGCAGCAUCAUCCAGUAGUUCCCUUGACGAUACUGAGACCUCCGAGUUCGUCGACGCGAUCCACCUCUCCGAUCCCAGCUGCAGCAACCAUACAACAGGCACAACUGGCUUCGUCACAGAUCAAGUCGGGGACGAUCCCAGUGUCGGUGGUUGCUGCCGAUUCCAUCGACCCCGUUCAAGCCUUCAAUCAACUGUCCCUACUGACCGGUACUCCAGGCACACCGGGGAGCCUGCCAGGUGAUUCCUCGGACACCCUCAGCGAAACGGACUCCCAGAAGAGCCUGCGUUCCCGGAGACGACUUCCCAACAUUCCUCCGGACCAAGAGGCCAUUCCCCUUCCGACUUCACGCAAGAAGGAGCGGAUCAACGAUCGCCUCUUAAGCAACGAGACGAGAUGUUACGAAACGAGUACGUGCAUGACAGGUGCUACGGUGGCGAGCAGCAGCGGACUGAAAGGAGACGCUCUGUCGUCCAGGAUCCUGGACGAUCCGUUCCGACGCUCCCUCGCCGCGUGUCUUCCCCCCGACCUCCACCAUCUCCUGGACCCUUCCCCUAACAAAUCCUCGCUGUCUGCCUCCCUACAGAACAUCAAGGCCCAAAUGAGAGACGAAUUGAGGACGACACCCGGUGACCGCUGGAAGAGUCUCGAUAGCCUCGAACAGAUCAAACAAGAAAGACGGUUCCGGAGUUACCGCCGCCAGCUUUCGGAUCCUCGAAUCUACACCGAGGAUUUCACGUCGUCCUAUGCCAAGGUGAAUUACCGUGUUCCACGCGAGUGCACGAUCGACCUCGUCCUGCUAAAUCCCGGUGGUUAUUUGGCUGGUCGUAUGAAGGCUCUCGAAUACGAAUCCAUGGACGAGAGACUGAGAAAGCCCUACGGAGUCAGGUCUCUACAUCGACGAAGCCCUGGCUACGGCUUACUGCGAGAAACGAGCAUUUCUUCGGCGGCUCCCAUCUCGGGGUUCGAAUCCGACGACGAAUUCUUCUCGCGGAGAUAUCGCUAUCCGGGAACGAGACCGACUCUAGUGAGAAGAAACAGCGAAGGAGCGAGAGAGGAAAUGUGGGGCUGGAUGAGCGAAGGGGAAAGCUCCUCGUUUUCUCCUCGGAGAUACCGCCGAUCGCGUCAGCCCCGCUCUUGGCAUCCCAGUCCAUACGGCAGCGACGAGGACGAAGAGGAGGAAGACCUGUUGAGCCGGGAGGAAAAGAAGUCGCGUAUUAAAGCGGAGAUCGCGCGCAGGCGCAGACAGUUGGCCGACACCCAGCGGCUCCACGCGGAGCUGAGCCGCUUGGAGCGGCUCCGCGGAAGCCGGACCGGUGCCGAGAGCGGAUCUUCCUACGGCGGCGGAGGCGUGCUUCGGUCUCUGGAUGAAAUCCUACGCGAAGGUUCCAGCUUGAGUUAUCUUACCGCCGACCCGCCACCGGGUCCGUCUCCGCCGUCUCCUUCCGGCUACCGGUACCCGCAGUACGUGUCCAGCGAAGAGGACCAGAGCAUGGAACGGCUAGCAUCCACGUUCCGAAGCGAGGAUUACACGUCGUCCCUAUACCAGAGACUGAGUGACUUUUCGCCGAUGAGUGACGGCGGCGGAGAGGCGCCUCCACCCCCGAUCUUGGAGAGGAGACAGCCGUUGCAGCACCGUACAGGCAAGUAUGAGCCACCCGUCAGCAGACAGCUACGAUUCAAGUGA